GGCGCUGGUAGCGGACAUGCCACCCGGAGCUCUCGUCGGACUGCCCCUGGAAAUCCCUUUCCCGUAUCGCCCCGGAUGCGGGCUGAGACACUCGGGUGAUCUCAACCCUCCGACGUACUUUGGGCCGGUCCUCGGUCUGGGUGCACACCAGAGACGCCACCCCUGGGCAACUACAACUGAACGAUGUGAUGAUCACGAAGUCUCUAGCUGCAAGUAGCUGCCAAAAACCCUCAUUUGACCAUUCUUACGCAUUACUACUGCCAGUUGCAGAACCCUGAUUUCUUAAUCACUUCAUCUCACACCAGUCACCUUCAUCAACACCAUGGGUUCCAACAGCAACGAGAUCUUCGCCCAGGACGACAAGUUCUGGGACAACUACCUCAAAGGGCGGCCGCGAGUCCCAGACAGUUUCUUCACCCGCAUCUUCGACUACCACCAAGCCAACGGCGGAGCCUUCGGUACCAUCCACGACGUCGGCGCCGGCAACGGCGUCUACGCCCUCCGCCUACGGUCUCGCUUCUCCCACGUGCUCGUCUCGGACGUAGUCCCGGAGAACGUCGAUCUCGCCCGCCAACGGCUCCGCGGCACACAAGGGUUCAGCUUCCGCGUCGCCGCGCUCGAAGACUCCGCCAACAUCGCGCCGGGCAGCGUGGACAUGGUGUUCGCGGCCAACGUGAUGCACUUCCCGGACCCGCAGGCGGGCGCCAUGGCGGCCGUCGCGCGCCAGCUGCGGCCCGGCGGCACCUUCUGCGCGGCCGUGUUUGGGCCGGCCCGGUUCCGCGACGCCGCGCUGCAGGACCUCUGGGCCCGCAUCAGCGAGCAGGGCGGGCGCCAGCUGCUGCUCAAGGCCGCUGAUGACGCGGCGAGGGCCAAGACUAUUGGGGUCAUGGCGCGUACCCAGGGGGUGUAUAAUGUGGCGCCGUUGGAUCCGUCGCUUUUUCGGGCUGGGGCGAAGAGGAUUCAUCUCAAUAUGCGGGAGGGUGGUGUUCAGGGGAUGUUGCCGCCGGAAGAGGCGCAUCGGAAUACGGAGCCUGACUACGCGGGCCCGGAUGAUGUUGAGGUGCAUGAGACGGAUGAGGGGUGGGAUUUUGAGGCUGACCUUGCGGGGGUCAAGGAGCACUUCAAUUCGUUUCCUUUUAUCUCGCAGUUUCCCGAUGCUUUCAAGGAUUUGUACGAGGAGUUGGAAGUCAUGGCGGAGAGAGCCCCUUUCCAGGGGUAUUACCCAGUCAAGAUUAUUCUGGGAACGCGGUGUUAGGGGGCUUGGGCUUUGCGUUGAUCUCAUGCUUAGUGUUACGGAAAUUGACGUACCUUAGGUAGUUGAAUCUCAACCUGUCUGUAUGACCAAAAGAUUAUGGAUACCCAGGUUGUUUUGUCAUUUGUUUAACUUGAGGCUGUUGGUAUCAUGCGGAGCGUGACUAGGUAGGUAACACGGAAGUCUCCUGACAACCUGCUCCCACCUACCAGG